AUGCUCCAAUCGUACCUAGCAGGCGACCGGUUCCUGGCGAUGUUCGACGACGCCGAGGAGCGGCCUGCCAUCGCCGACCAGGAGGCAGGAUCGCCGAGUAGUGAGCAGGACACUCCCUCCACCAGUGAAUCAGAGUCUGGAGAGGACGAAGCGCCGCAGCGAUGGACCGGCGCAGCGGACAAGGUUCUCCCAACACCACGCCAGCCCCAGGUCAAGGCCGCCCCCCCGCGGCCCUUCGUAGAGGACAGGGAGCGGUACAAGGCAGAGCGCAGGGCCUUCAUGUCUGGGAGGAUCGGGGGUCCGCGAAAUACCCCACAGCCGGGCACCCAGCGCAGGGAGCCUGGCGCCGAAUCAGCUGUGGACCCACGCAGCAGGGCCGAGUUUGCCCAGAUUCAGCGCGACGUCCUCGAGCUGGGUGCCACUGGGCUGGACAAGAAGGCACGCAAGCAGUAUGAAGCUGUUUCGCUCGUCCGCCUGGGUGCCAAGGCAGAAAAGGGGCCACGGAUACCAGCCAGCAUCGGCAUUGGCAUGGCAAGAAAGCGGGCGCAGCGGGAGGCUCGGGCCACCGAGGAAGCCAUCGCCGCCGGCAUGCUGAGCGUCCGGAGCCUGGCAAAGAAACGGCGGCGUGAGUCCAGCGCAGCAAGACCACGGGACCAGGGCCUGCAGGAGGACGGCGGCAGCUUCAGGGCGGGCGUCAUGCGCGUGAGCAGGCCCCCGCCCCCGAGUGCCAAGAGAGGCGGGAGGCGGUGA